GAUUCACAGUUUGGAUGUAGCCAAAAUUGCUUACGGUUCGAUGGGCAAAAACAAGAGUCUUUGUACUCUAAUCAACAUACUAAUAGUAAUUUGGGUAAUGUUUCCAAGCAAUCAAAACCAAGAGAAUGAUCAAUCUUUAACACUAUCAGAACGAUACAAGCACUGGAAGAUAAAGUAUAGAGUGAUCUACAAGGAUGAUGCAGAGGAGGAAAAGCACAUCCAAAUAUUCAAACACAAUGUUGCCUACAUUGAUUCCUUUAAUGCUGCAGGGAACAAAUCCUACAAACUUACCAUUAAUAGAUUUGCGGAUCUACCCACCGAGCCUUCCGAUGAUGGGUUCAAGAAGAGGAAACUUGAACCAACAACGUCGUCAUUAUUUAAGUAUAAAAAUAUCACUGAUAUUCCUGCUGCCGUAGACUGGAGGAAACGUGGAGCAGUUACUCCAGUCAAGAAUCAAAGAGAAUGUGGUAGUUGCUGGGCAUUUUCUGCUGUGGGUGCACUAGAAGGUAUCCAACAAAUAACUAGUGGAAAUUUAGUGUCCCUUUCUGAACAAGAACUUGUGGAUCGUGUCAGAAGUAAUUGGACAAAUGGAUGCAACGGUGGUUAUUUGAUUGAUGCUUUUGAAUUCGUCUUAGAAAACGGUGGAAUUGCCACAGAAGCAAGUUAUCCGUACAGAGGAGUUAAAGGAAAUAAUAGUAAGAAGGUUAGUCGCCAAGUUCAGAUUAAGAGCUACGAGCAAGUCCCUAGAAAUAGUGAGGAUUCACUGCUUAAAGUUGUGGCCAAUCAACCGGUUUCCGUUGGUAUCGAUAUAAGUGGUAUGAUCAGAUUUUACUCAAGUGGAAUAUUUACAGGAGAAUGUGGAACUAAGCCAAACCAUGCUGUAAUAAUAGUUGGUUAUGGUACAUCGAAUGACGGUACUAAAUAUUGGUUAGUAAAGAAUUCAUGGGGCAUUAGAUGGGGAGAGAAGAGAUAUAUAAGAAUGAAGCGAGACAUAGAUGCAAAAGAAGGUUUAUGCGGCAUUCCGAUGGAUGCUUCUUACCCAAAUAUCAACAACAUUGUGUAGUACAAAAAUCCAACCUUGUAUCUCUAAGUGGACAGCUUUCCAAUUCUAUUUUUAUGUCUCUAA